AUGCAGUUGACCAAGACCCUCAUUUUCACCCUCAUCGGCACGGCCUUCGCCCUCCCGACCGAGAAGCGCCAACUUGCGACGAUCCAAGGCGCGGUUACCUCCGUGCAGCAGUCUCUCCAAAAGCUCGAUACCGCUGUGAAGGCUGCCACUGACGCCAACAGCGUCGCUGCCGUCCAGACCGCUUCUCAAGAUGUUCAGACCACGAUCACCAAGGCUCAGACCGACAUCCAGGGCGCCCAGGCCCUCCAGCUGCAGGAGGCUCUCGGACUUCAGCAACUUGCCACUGAUCUGACGACCGCUGCCACGACGACUGUUGACGACCUCAUUGCCAAGAAGGCCACCUUCGACCAGCUUGGUGUCUCCCAAGUUGUUGGACAACAGCUCACUGCCCAGAAGCAAGCUUCCCAGGGACUCGGCCAGGCUAUCGUUUCCAAGGUUCCCGCCAUCGGCCAGGGUAUCGCUCAGCAGUCUAUCGAUCAGAUCACCGCGGCACUCGACAAGGGUAUCCAGGCCUACGGCGGUGCCGCUGGUGGUGCCGGUGCGACUCCUGCAACUCCUAGCAAGCCUGGUGCUGCUCCCCCUGCUUCUGCUCCUGCUACUCCCAAAACGCCAGCUGCUGCCCCUGCUGCUCCUGCAGGGGGUCUGGAGGGCCUGCUCGGUGGUCUUCUUGGCGGCGGUGCCGGCGGUGCCAAUGGUGCUGCGGGUGCCGGCGGUCUGGGUGCUCUUCUCGGAGGACUCACUGGCGGAGCUGGAGCUGGAGCCGGAGGUGCGGCCGGUGCAGGUGGUGCUGGUGGACUGGGUGCUCUCCUCGGCGGUCUCGGUGGUGGAGCUACGGGAACUGGCGCGACGAAGGCGAACGUGGUGGAUUUCUCAGAAGACGCGGCAUUGGAGGAUGAAGAAUAA